GCCGAAUAUAUAUAAAAACACUCGCGUUGACCUUUGUUUCUGGCAAAACAGAACGCAAACAAAGUGCCCGAGUACAAGCAAACUUUUCGUCUCAUCACCUACGUGCGCUCUUUCUCCCUUUGGAAGCAAACCCUCGGAAUACCCCGAUCGUCAUCAUGCGCAUUCAAUGGUCGCAUGUACUGCUUAUGGCUGCCUCAAUUGGCAUGCCAUUGAGAACAUCUGCUGCCCCAUGUGCGGAUGGAAAAUGCUCCAGGAGGGCUCUGAUACUCCGAGAUGCUGACCCUGGAAUUCCCGUCAUUCUCCCCAAGCCAGUGGUGCCUAAGCCAGUGGUGCCUAAGCCAGGGGUUCCGGUUGCACCAAAACCAAUUACCCCCGGGGUGCCAAAACCACAGGAACCGCCACACCCCGGAGGUGGAAAGGUCAGUGUCAAAGAAGACCCGGCUGCCGUUAGUGAUGACAAUCCGUGCGGUGUAGUUGCGGCUAGGAGUCUCGACAAGCGUGCAGACCGGGUGCCAGACGACGCCGCGGAUUGGAAGCAGGUCUACUUAUGGCUCCACAAGGAAUCAGGUGUCGACAGAAGCAAGAUUGUCUUCUGGGCUGGCCAGGAUUUCCAGACGAAAGCCGCCGACUUCGCGAAGGCAAACGGAUACAAUUACUACUGGGGUAUUUUCAAUAAAAAAUUCGCGGACGCGUUCGGCGGGGUCGCCAUGCAGCUAGACAAGGAUGUAAACAUUGCGUGCUCCAAAGCAUUAGUCCUUUACUCGAAAGACCCACUGGUUUUCAACCAUGAUAACGCUCCGACAGGCAGCUUCUGGACAGAACAUGAGUUGCCGAACAUGUGGAGAGCCGGGACUAUCACCAAGUUGAAAGAUGACGCGAAGACCCCGGCGGAUAAAGCCGGUGUUAUUCCCACUCCUGCUAGGCCGGGGACGGGUCAGGCUGGCUCGUGCUAGAGGAGUGCGCUUCUGUAGGAGUUGCAGAAAUGGUAUCAAGCAGGAUUUGUGGUAUGCCGUUGAGGUCAGUCACAGGUGAAAGGCUGGUGUAUGUAUACUU